CAUUGGCGGAAGAAAAGAGGAGGGUGGCGCAUGCGCGUUAUGCCGACGCCAUCUCUGAAAUCUGAAAUACUGUGCCUAAUCGUUCGCUGUUCGUAGAAAAGUAGAAUACGUGGAAAAUAGUGCGAUUUAUGAUGUAAAUGGUUGAAUUUAAGUCAUCAUAAGUGCUUUAUUUGGUUCUUGAGGAGUGGCUAAUAAUUCCUAGCCCGUUUGACGUAGUUGGGCGUAUUAUCACGGAAGUUUCCAAGCCGUAGGAACGCAUACUUUUUGCGGCUAUCUCGGCUCCUUGGCGACCUACACUUGGCUCUUUCAUGGGCCUGGAAGUCUGAAUCUAUUAUUGGUCUCGUCCGGUCCGGUGGGGCCGUAGUAGUUUUGGCGGCGUCUUCAAUAUGAACUCCGCUCUAAAGCCGGUACUUCCGCAGCCGCAGCCGGGGCAGGCGAGCCCCGCCAAGGCGAACGUGGCCACCGCCAACCACAGCGCGCUACCGGCCGGCGCCGCGGGCGCGCUGGGCCACGCCGCGCACAACCUGGCGCUGCACCCGGCCGGCGCGCCGCCCGCGCCGCACGCCGCGCCCUCCAUGGCGCCCGUGUCCGCCAACAUGGCGCAGAUGGCGCACAACAUGAGCCACCACGGCAACCUGUCGCAGCCCGCGCCCGCCGCCGCGCCGCCCAGCAAGCCUGCGCCGCCCGCCGCGCCGCUCAGCCUCGUGCAGGACAAGCCCGCGCCCGCCGCCGCGCCGCUCGCCCUCACUAGGACCCCUGAGAAAAAAGACCCAGAACCCGGCAACCACUCUAAUGGAACUGUUGAGUCACCUAAAGCUGCAGCUAAUGCUCCAGGCACCUUGAAGCCCCUCAAUCAGGAGCCCAAGGAGAAGCAAGACAUUGCCAAGACAUCACCGAGCACUCCAAAACCACCUGAGAAGCCAGCAAGUGCACCCAAUACCCCACAGAAGUCUGAAGCUGCCAAUGCAGUGGGUCAGGCUGACUGUCCUGCCCCUGCCCAGGCCAAGGUUAUUCCGGCUAAUGAGGCACCGGAGAAGUCUCCAGCAAAGCCAGCAGAGCCCAAGCCGGCUCCUACAGCUGAUGUCGCACCUUCCCAGAGUGACAGCAAGCCUGCCCCGGAGGCUGCCAAGGACAGCUCAGUUCCAGAGAAGCAAGCAUCACCACAGAAGCCUGCACCGGUCCCAAACAACAUUGAAAAUGCCAAACCAGAACCUCCUAAGGUGGAAGAGAAGAAAGAAGAACCAAAACCAGAGAAGCCAGCACCUAAACCUGAAGAAAAGAAAGAAGAAGUGAAGCCCGACACAACAGAUGGUGCUAAGAAAGAGGAGGUGGUGCCAGAGGCAGCUAAAGUUGAAGUAAAUAAAGUAGAACCAAAAGUUGAGGAGAAGAAGGAAAAAGUUGAAGCUGCAAAGACGCCAGCCAAACCAGAGGUCAAGGCUAGUGCCAAGCCAACCAUGAAGCUGGCGACAGUCACCACACCGGUGAGGAAGCGGAGGCAACCGUCACUGAACAAGUCCACUGAAGGACCAAGCUCAGCCAAGAAGCUGGCCGAAGCUGACAGCACCGCUGACUCAAGAGCAAAGAGGAAUAGGACACAGGUGCAACUGUACCAGUCUCCCACUCCUGAGCUGGCGAUGGCCACCAAGCUGUCCGCAGCGUCAGGCCGCUCCACACCGACCAAGCCAGCUAGCGAUGAUAAACUUAUUGUGUUUUACAAAAACGAGUACCUAGCGGUCCGCAACGCCGAAGGAGGGUUCUACGUGUGUCAGACCGUACAGAACGUGUACCGCAACACGCGCAAGAUCAAGAUCCGCUGGCUGUCGCAGGACAAGGUGGCCGAUCCUAGUGGGGAGACCUACAAGCCAGACUUCUAUGAUGUUACUGACAUGGAAUGCGUCCUAACCACCCUAUCCCUCACCCGCUCUGGACGCGGCGUGAUGGUACUCGCUCCGGCGGAGGCGGCGCGCGCGCGGAGCAUCCUCCAGCGGGCCCUGCGCGCCGAGCAGGGGGCCGCCGCGCCGCGCCCCACCGAGGAGCAUCCCGACGGACUGGACCUCUCACUCUACAAGGACGAGUCGCAGCUGGAGAAGAAGUCCCGCAAGAGGAAAGUCACCUCCAAGUCGCCGAGGGCCGACAGUGGCACGGACGAUAGCGAAGAGGAGCCGGAAACGCCCAGUAAAAAGGCGCGAACGGCGCCCAAGCGCAGCCCGCGCUCCGCCGCCACUAAGCCCUCGCCUAAAGCAACAAAUAAACGAAAAUCGGCAGGUAGUACGCCCGUAGUGGCAAGCACAAGCAAGGUAGGCAUUGUACAACGGAUAUAUAGAAAUACGGCCGCGGUGGUGACUGAGAAAGCUAAGGCGAAGGCGACGCCCAAGCGGACGCCGGCGAAACAGGCCACGCCCAAACCCUCCCCCGCCGCCACGCCCAAGGGAAAGAGGAGGGCGCCUGUUAAAGAAGUGAAACCCAUUGUGCCCACCCCCUCCACAUCGACGGGCAAGGCCACUCGCACGCCGAGGAAACCGCCCGCGAAGAAAUAAUACUAGAGUGAACCAGACAUUGUUGACUAGUUCCAGUGACUGUGUGCGGCUGUAAUACACGCUUCUACUAUUUAUUAGUCACGUGCCACGGGACAGACCUUACUGGGUAAAUAAGCUCGUUAUGUCGGGCCGCAGCGCUAAAGUCGCUCCAAUUAGUUUUAGUGUCUCGGCACAUAUAAGCGUUACUUAAACGGAUCGCCUUUUAUUUUUCUAUUAACCAGGCGUUCGCGAGCACGCGUUCUACUGGUUGACAGAAGAAAAAGAGGCGAUACCUUUAUGCCGCAGUCGUAUAGAGCCUAUUGGAGCGAGUGUCGCGCUGCGGUCUGACAUAACGUGCGCGAACCGUUAGGGUCGGUUUGGUGUAGGGUUUUGGACAAAUGCAAAGAGUGUAGUAAGGAGCGGUAAUGCUGCGUAGGUAAUGAUAAUGAAGUGUGUUCGUGAACUACGGGCCAGCUAGUGUAGGUAUGUAAUGCAUCUGUUCAACGGUCUACGUUAAACAAACUAGUGUGGAGGGAUUUGAAACAUGUGACUGGGGUAUAGAACGUAAAUUAAUGUGGGUUGAUGCGUGAACGACACCUUUAUAUUACUUUUAAUUUUUAACCCUGUUCCAUUCAGCAUAAUCAUGUUUUUUAAAUACUGUAUAGGUUUACGGGAGUCUUGAACUUUGUUUUUUUUUUAUAAAUAAGUAUAAUAUAUUUUAUGUUUACUUUGGUAACACAUUACUUACAAUAUGCAGAAUUGCAGAUACAAUGUUUAGCGUAAUAGGGUUUUGUUGUAUUUAGUUAAUGCAAUUUUCAAAAUAAUAGUUUUAGGUCUCAGGUCUCCUGGACAACUUUAUAACAGCGAAACAAGUAUGAUUUAGUCAUUUAUAUAUUAUUUUCACAAAUAUUUUAUUUUAUAAGUGUUUUCGUGUUAUGAACGUACACUGUAAAACAGUUUGAAAUCUAAACAUUAAUUUAUAUGGAAAUUUUCGAAAUUUUUGAAGCAAUAAUAAAUCUUUUCUUCUUGAUGAAAAUUAUAAGAAAUCUUUAGUAUAAAACAUCACACAUUAUAUUUUUUAAGAUCUUUUAUAUGAAAUCAUAUUUGAGGAAAGAAUAUAAAAUAUAUUAUAGUUGUAGACACAACUAAAGAUUAAACAAUCAUAAAUCUUAAAAUUUUUACUGUAAAUACAUAUUAAUAUGAUGAUUUCAAGUUUUUCUUGUUUAUAGUGUUACAGUGAAAUUAAGAUUUGUGAAGAAUCAAUUAGGCAAUAGAUUUGUUUAGAUUUUUAUAAGAUUUAGGCUAAAAUUGGGAUUAAUUUGGAGAUAUUUGGAAUGCAAAUCUUGUAUAUCAGUACAAAGAAUUUAAAAUUUAUCAAAUAAAAUUCUGUGACAUUGGGCCGUUUGAGUUACAUAACAUAAGAGUAUAUUUUGAUACAAUUGCAAAUUUGUGCUGCGCUGUUGUGAUUUUCAAUAUAUUUGUAUCUGACUAAACUCACUGUUCAAUAUCAGUGUAAGAUGUUAUGUACUAAUUACAUAAUAAUAUUAUAGAUCAACAUUCACCAGAACUCUUAAUCUGUAUUCUGUUCUAUUGUAUCGAUGCUAAAUCUGUACUAAAGUUUACUUAUAAACCUCAGACGGAAUAACUUUCUGCAACUUUUUGUUGAACAGUUUUUGUGACUUAUUUUUAGAGAAUGGCAUGUUUUAGUACACCAAUUUCUUUUUUGUUAAAUUGUUUUCAAUUAAUAUUCGUAUGUUGUCGUUUUUAUAAAACUGGUUCGCCAGUGAGGAGUGUGUGUGCAUUCAUGAUAGGCAAAUUAAGUACCUAAAGUUUAGGAGGUAUUUUUAAAACUAGAGUAAUUCUAAAGAGAAUAAAUAAGCUUAGGAUAUAAAUUAUUGUGUGUGUAUUUUCUGUUUAUGGUGUACCAAUGAGAGAGAAUGAAUGUGAAGUAGGUUCUCUGGUACAAUAGUGGUUAACUAUUUUAGCGUUUUAUACAAAAUGAUAUCAGACGAAGAGUACUAUUGUAACACAGAAAGUCCACAAAUUACAAGAUUUAUAUGCAAUUCAGAAUUAAAAUAUAAUAAUUUAAGAAAUAAA